AAAAUUGAUUAAACGUCGUUUAAUCGUCAAAUAAUUAAGUGAAAAAUCAUCGUUUCGGUUAAAAUCAACUUAACAACUUCUUUCGAAAUUCCAGUUUAUACACAUUUUCAGUUUAUUAUCAAAUAUUUUUGGAUUUAAUAAAUAAUUGCGGUAAAAAAGAAACAUAACCUAAGAAAAAAAUAACAUAACCUCAAUACAUCACGUUUACCCAAUUAUAAUGUCUUUGUUGAGGGUUUUUAUUAAUACUUCUAGGUCUAAUUUAUUAAAACCAAGUCGUGGACCCAAAUUUUUUUAUUCGAAUAAAAGUAACAUCGAUAAUGAAAAAAUUAAGGAUGAAGAUGAUAAACCGAUAAAAUAUUCAAUGUCCCCGGCUAGUAAAUGGAAAGCUGAGCAAACUCGUAGUGGAAAUAAAAAUCAACGAUUGUGGUACGAACCCUACGUGGUUAUUGCAAGCCUCUCGGCUAUGCUAAUUUAUUUUUGCGUAUUAAGAGAAGAGAACGAUAUCGAUUUAGAGUUACAAAAAAGUCUUUACGCUCGAAUUGAAGGACUUGAGGAGCACCAGCUUCGUGUACUUUUAGAUUAUAAUAAACGGCAUGGUUUGGAAACUCGGGAUAUAAUCAAACGGUUAGAUGAAAUUGAAUCAUCACGAAGAUGAAUUUUAAUAAAUUGUGUAAAUUUUAAGGUAUUUAUUUGUUGAGGAAAUUAGGAAAAUGAUGUUUGAGGUUUAUGUAAUGGGAAAUUAUUAUCUUAAAUACAUAAAAAUACAUAAUAAUUCAUAAAA